UCAACACAUAGAACAAAAUGGAGGGUCCUCUGUCGUUUCUUCAAUUUAACCCUGCCUGUCUGAUACUCAUUGUUUCAGGAUUUUUAUUGGUGGAGUUCUUAGUCAACAAUUGGUGCGCUCCACAACAUAAUUUUGAAGAUCCUAGAUGUUGGUGUAACAUCAACAUCAUCGACAAAAAGUGCGAGAGCGAGACUCCUUUGGUAAGGAAUUCCGGACUUAGUCAUCGGGCUAAACUUUUGGCUAGCGUCAAAAGGAGGCUUGAUAAACAGUUCUAAAGCACUUUAUAAUUAUAUUUUACACAUAAGCAUUUAGA